ACAAAAGAAAAGAAAUAGGCAUCUAAAUUUAAUUUGUGUACACUUUUCUUCUCCGCUGAUCUUUCAACCAUUUUUUCUCUCCAAGAAAUCCAAGGCCCAAUCAAGACGCUCUGUAUCUACUGAUCCGCCAUAGAUACACAGAGAGAGAGAGCGCAAAACACGAGGAUCAGAUUUAUUAAAUUUUGGUUAGUUUUUGUAUAUAAAUAGAAUUUUAGCAAUGGGAACGCUCCAGUCAUGGCGGAAAGCUUAUGGCGCUCUCAAAGAUUCCACUAAAGUCGGCCUCGCUCAUGUCAAUUCCGAUUUUGCGGAUCUGGAUGUGGCUAUAGUCAAAGCAACCAAUCACGUUGAAUGUCCGCCCAAAGAACGGCAUCUUAGAAAGAUAUUGAUUGCUACUUCGGCAAUUCGGCCUCGUGCCGAUGUUCAAUACUGUAUUCAUGCUAUUUCUCGCCGGUUAGCCAAGACUCAUAACUGGACGGUUGCUUUGAAAACGCUGAUUGUUGUUCAUAGAUUAUUACGGGAGGGUGAUCCUACUUUCAGAGAAGAAUUACUGAACUUCUCGCAGCGAGGACGCAUUCUCCAACUUUCCAAUUUUAAGGAUGAUUCAAGUCCUAUUGCUUGGGAUUGCUCUGGCUGGGUACGUACAUAUGCACUAUUUUUGGAGGAACGGCUUGAAUGUUUUAGAAUUCUGAAGUAUGAUAUUGAAGCCGAGCGUCUUCCAAGACCUGCGACCCAAGGGCAGGAUAAGCAGGGGUACAGCAGAACUAGGGAUUUGGACAGUGAAGACCUAUUAGAACAAUUGCCUUCCUUGCAGCAACUGCUAUAUCGUCUUGUUGGUUGUCGGCCAGAAGGUGCAGCUGUUGGCAAUUAUGUUAUACAGUAUGCUCUAGCACUGGUAUUAAAGGAGAGUUUUAAAAUAUAUUGCGCUAUUAAUGAUGGAAUUAUCAAUCUUGUGGACAAGUUUUUUGAGAUGCCAAGACAUGAAGCUAUCAAGGCCCUUGACGUGUACAAACGUGCUGGCCAGCAGGCUGGUAGUCUUUCAGAUUUCUACGAAGUUUGCAAAGGAUUGGAACUUGCUAGGAACUUCCAGUUUCCUGUUUUGAGAGAACCUCCACAAUCCUUUCUAACAACCAUGGAAGAGUAUAUAAAAGAGGCACCCAGGAUGGUAACUGCUCCAAAUGAGCCAUUGCUUCAAUUGACAUACAGACCAGACGAGGGUCUUUCUGAGACUGAAGAUGUUACAUUACCAAGUGAUGAACCUGAACCCGUGCCUUCAGAUGCUGUUGCAGUUGUCAAUGUUGAAACCCCUCCACCAGCAGCUCCUCCGAUACCACCGCCUCAAAACAACAUGGACACUGUGGAUCUACUGGGAUUGAAUUUUUUUGCCCCUGAUGCCUCAGCCAUUGAAGAAAGAAAUGCAUUGGCUCUGGCUAUAGUUCCUACAGAACAGGAUGCUGCACCAACUUUCAGUUCUGGCGCUGGUCCAACAAAUUUUGAUCCUACAGGAUGGGAACUGGCCCUAGUUACGACUCCAAGCCCUAACAUUUCUUCGGUUAACGAUAGACAAUUGGCGGGUGGAUUGGACACGCUCACUCUCAACAGUUUAUACGAUGACGGGGCAUAUAGAGCUUCCCAACAGCCUGUUUACGGAGCACCAGCUCCCAAUCCGUUCGAGUCGCACGAUCCAUUUUCAAUGUCAAACGGCAUUCCUCCUUCUUCUGGAGUUCAAUUGGCAACAAUGGCUCAACAGCCUCCCAAUAAUCCCUUCGGUACAUAUCAACAUGUUUUCCAUCCACAGCCGCAACAGCAACAACUGCAACAGCAACAGCAACAGCAACAGCAACAUAUGAUGAUGGGCGCUUCAAAUCCGUUUCUGGAUACAGGGUUUGGGACAUUUCCGGUGAAUCCGGUUACUCACCCUGCCGCUAGCAAUCCAUUUGGAAGCACAGGGCUUUUGUAAUAACAUGUGUGGAAAAUGUAAUUUAGGUGGUGCAGUUUAUUUGUCGAUUGAAAAUGAGCGAGGGAAUGUGAAUCAUAAGGUUGAUGGUUUGCAGGAUGAAUGAUGAGUUCGUUUGGGUUGUAAAAGUUAGGAAGUGAAUAGUGUAUUAUGUAAUAACUAGUCUAUAUGGAUCAGUAUUAUUGUAAGCGAUUUUUUGAAA